UCCUUCCAUCAACUCCAUUCUAGUGUCUAUCAUAAGCGUGUUGGAUUCCCUGAGAGUGACUGGCAGCAGGAUGGAGAGGAAACGUUGGGAGUGCUCGGCUUUGCCUCAAGGUUGGAAAAAAGAAGAGGUGACCCGCAGGUCAGGCUUGUCCGCAGGCAAGAGCGAUGUCUACUAUUAUAGCCCAAGUGGUAAGAAGUUCCGUAGUAAGCCACAGCUGGCACGUUAUCUUGGAAACUCCAUGGACCUAAGCACAUUUGACUUUCGUACAGGAAAAAUGUUGAUGAGCAAAAUCAACAAGAACAGACAGCGCAUGCGAUAUGAUGGGAUGAAUCAGGCCAAGGGAAAGCCUGAUCUGAACACAGCACUUCCAGUUAGACAGACUGCCUCUAUCUUCAAGCAGCCAGUCACCAAGGUGACAAACCAUCCUACCAACAAAGUGAAGAGUGAUCCCCAGAAAGCAGUUGACCAGCCACGUCAGCUUUUUUGGGAAAAGAAACUGAGUGGUUUAAAUGCUUUUGACAUAGCAGAAGAACUUGUUAAAACUAUGGAAUUGCCCAAAGGGCUGCAAGGGGUAGGGCCUGGAUGUACUGAUGAAACCCUCCUUUCUGCUAUUGCAAGUGCCCUACAUACAAGCACCAUGCCAAUCACUGGGCAGUUGUCUGCCGCAGUGGAGAAGAACCCAGGAGUGUGGCUUAACACUUCUCAGCCAUUAUGCAAAGCAUUUAUGGUGACCGAUGAGGACAUCAGGAAACAGGAAGAUCUUGUACAGCAGGUGAGGAAAAAGUUGGAAGAAGCUCUUAUGGCUGACAUGUUUGCUCACGUAGAGGAAAUAUCAAAGGACGGUGGUGCCCCACUUGAUAAAGAUCUUGAUGAGGAUGAAGAUGAUAUGAGAGGUCAAGAAGCAGAUGAUUUAUAAGUACGAAGUGUUAAGGAUUCUGUCUAUUAAUAAUUGUGGAGAUUUUUUUCCUUUAAUCAACAGGCCUGAGACAUUCCACCCAAAUGUUUGCCACUACCUUCUUGUCAGAGUUAUUUUAACCAUCAAAGUAAAUCUGAAGUCCUUCUUUAAGCAAGGGUUAUAUAGUUUAAGUAUAGUUACAUUUGUUGAAGUAUUGCGUGGGGUGAAUAUUGUUUUUUUUUUGUUUUUUUUCUUUUCUUUGUGUGUUUCCUUGAAUAUA